AUGGCAGACCUCACGGUCCUUUCUUCUUUACCUCCAGUGCCUCUAAUACCUCAGAGCAGAAGGCCAUUCUCUUGGAACGGAACAGGGAUUCCAAGACGGUCGAAGAACUCCCUUUCGCCACCGACACGAAAAGAGCAGCAAUCACGGUCACUAGACGUGUAUGCAAGCAAUGCAUUGAGGAGUAGGAGGCUAUCAAGCACUAGUAUUGCAGAGGAAAGGGAAGAGGAAGAAGCGUCGACGUCGUCGUCGGCGGUGAUGAUACUUCCAGGGCCGCGGUCAACUUCCCCGACACACGAUAGGGAAGCCUCUCAGUCAUCCUCCGUAUCGGCGUCUACAUCGACGUCGACCAGGGUAUCGCUGGAUACCACUUCAGUGUCGUCGUGUUCUUCUUCGUCCAGUAUUCCUCCUCUGGAUGACUCUGUGAUGCAGCACAAGACCAGAGUAGCAUCACCGGAACCUUUGCCGCCACGAACUACUCGUUAUCCUAGCACUCGCCAUCGCCCCAUGCGGUCUCGAAGUGCCCCUCCAUUCAAGACUACCUUCCAGCUCGAGAACGACUCCUCCCCAAAUUCACCUUCAUCAACGGACUCGACAACGCCGCAGUUCACGAGACAUCGCACCAAGAGGAGCAUGACUACGUGGAAUACACCGACGUCGGCCACAAGAACGUGGUCGUUCGGGUAUGGGCAUAAUAAGAACGAGCUGUUGAAGCCGCCACCACCGUUACAUCGACCGACGACAUUCUGGCGCCAUACAACGCGCUCGGGGGUGACCUCAUCGUCAUACUCGCCUUCUACGCAUCUAAUACGGCGGUCAACGUUCAUCGCAGCAGGACUCAAGUUUGACAAGCCCGUAUGUGAUCUGAGUGCACUUGGGGUGGAGAGUCGGAUACAGAGUCCAGCUGCGCACAAGGUCCGCGAGGUAUUUUGGGAGGUGGUACUAUAG